AUGUCUGCCACCACUGCCAAUAGUAAUACCGCCCGAGCCACGCAAAGAGCGGCGGCCAUGCAGCGCCACUUCGCAACGACACCGCCUCGCAGGAAGGAGAUCGCGGAGGCGUACAUCCUCUCCGCCGUCCGUACACCUUGCGCCGUCUUCAACGGCUCUUUCACCACCGUCUCUGCACCCGAGCUGGGCGCAGCCGCCAUCAAGGAGGCCAUUGCCCGCUCCGAUGUCCCCAAGGACCAGAUAACGCACGUCUACAUGGGCAAUGUGUUGCAAGCAUCCGUAGGGCAGGCGCCGGCGCGGCAGGCUACUAUCUUCGCUGGUCUGGACCCGAGCGUUGAGUCAACAACGAUCAACAAGGUGUGUGCCUCAGGGAUGAAGGCCGUCAGCAUCGCAGCGCAGCAGAUCGAGUUGGGUCAGGAGACCGCCCUCGUAGCAGGUGGCAUGGAGAACAUGUCGCGCGUGCCGUACUACUUGCCGCGUGCGAGCCAGCAACCGCCGUUCGGCGAAAUGAAGCUGGAGGAUGGCUUGAUCAAGGAUGGGUUGUGGGAUGUGUAUAACCAGGUACACAUGGGCAAUUGCGCCGAGAACACGGCGAAGAAGUACGAAAUCAGCCGAGAAGAACAGGACGAAUUUGCUAUUCUGAGCUACAAGCGUACACAGGAAGCUUGGAAGCAAGGCCUCUUCAAGGAGGAGGUGGUGCCGGUGACCGUGAAGACGAAGAAGGGCGAGCAGGUGGUCGCCGAAGACGAAGGCUACAACCGGCUUAAGCUGGAGAAGGUACCGACGCUGAAGCCUGCAUUUGACCGGUCUGGCAAGGGCACCGUGACGGCGGCCAACAGCUCGAGCUUUAAUGACGGAGCUUCGGCGCUGGUUGUGGUAGAUCGAGCGACGGCGAAGCAAUACGGCAAGGGCAAGAAAGUCCUUGCAAGAAUAUGUGCCUAUGCGGAUGCUGCUGUGGAUCCGAUCGACUUUCCCGUUGCGCCUGCCAAGGUCGUGCCUAUUGUGCUCAAAAGAGCAGGCAUUACGGCUGAGCAGGUCAAGAUCUGGGAGUUCAACGAAGCGUUCGCGGCUGUCAUCAAGGCUAAUGCAAAGAUCCUUGGUCUUGGCAUCGACAAUGUCAACCCACGUGGCGGUGCCAUUGCUCUCGGCCAUGCGCUGGGUAGCUCUGGUUCGCGGAUAUUGGUCACUCUGCUACAUCAGCUGAACAAGGGCGAAUAUGGUUGCGCUGCGAUAUGCAAUGGUGGCGGCGCAACGACUGGUAUGGUCGUGCAGAUGGUGGAUGCCGAUGAUCUAUAA